CUUCAUGACGGACAGCUGAAAGCCAAACAUUCGCGCAUCAAUUGCCCUUGCUCCUCCCUCAUGGGGCCCUCAGCGGCCAAUGGCGUGGCUCUCCUUCAGAUAGACCCCAGCGUAUCUCCCUUCAGCCCCAGUCCCCGCAGAGUAAAAGUCACGUUGGGAGGAAGAGGGGAGAGAGAUAUCUGCUUACAGCUGCUGUCAGAUAUCCGAUCGGGUUCGCAUGGCGAGGAGGUAACCUGAUCGAGCGGGGAGGAGUGACUUUGCCAGGGAAGGCUCGAACAAAAAAAAUGUCUUCUUCUUCUGCCGGAGAGGUCACGGCAGUGAAUGACAUCAAGAAGGAAAAUGUGAAAGAGGUGGAUACGCGGGAGAGCAUCAAGCUGUUGGCGCUGGACUCGGCGGAGUUGUCCAUGGAGCGCACGGCUCCCAACGCCGACGCGGUGCGCACGGAGCUGCUGGUAAACGCCGCUUCCUCCCUGGCUUUCUCCCCAGAGCAAGUGGCGUGCGUAUGCGAGGCGCUGCAGCAGGGGGGCAACGUGGACCGGCUGGCGAGGUUCCUGUGGUCCUUACCCCAGAGCGAUCUGCUCCGCGGCAACGAAAGCAUCCUGAAAGCCCAAGCCCUCGUUGCCUUCCACCAGGCUCGCUAUCAGGAGCUCUACAGUAUUUUGGAGAACCACAGUUUCAGCCCGUCCAACCACACCUUCCUGCAGGAACUGUGGUACAAGGCCCGGUACACGGAGGCGGAGAAGGCGCGGGGGAGACCCCUGGGCGCCGUGGAUAAGUACCGGAUCCGGAGAAAAUACCCGCUCCCCAGGACUAUCUGGGACGGCGAGGAGACGGUUUAUUGUUUCAAGGAGAGGUCCCGGAACGCGCUAAAGGAUCUCUACAACCAGAACAGGUACCCGUCUCCAGCCGAGAAGCGGAAUCUGGCCAAGAUAACUGGACUCUCCUUGACCCAGGUCAGCAACUGGUUCAAAAACAGGCGGCAGAGAGACAGAAACCCGUCGGAAGCGCAGUCCAAAAGUGAGUCUGAUGGAAACCACAGCACAGAGGAUGAGUCCAGUAAGGGACAGGAGGAGCUAUCCCCUCGUCCUCUCUCCAACUCUUCAGACGGAGUCAUAACCCAUGGGAGCCUCCCAGCUCAGACAGGACUUCUGGACGGUGGGGUCAUCAUCCAGCAGAUUGGUGACACCAAGAUGUCCACAGGAUCCAGUGGUGGUGGCGUCUACAACGGCAGCCUGGCAGCCACUAAUACUUCCUCCACCGUGUUUCACAAUGGUGGUUCAUCCUACCUCCACUCACCUGGAAACAUCCUCUUCAACGGGCUCAAUUUGGGUAUCCAGCCUCUGGCUUUCAACCAUCUGAGGAUGCCCGGCGGGGUGCUGCUGGGAGGCUCUGGGGGGGACAUGCACAUGCAGACAGGCCAGGAGAAGGGACUGGGCAGUGCCGAGGAGUCCCUCCUGCAGUACUCCUCCUACUCAGGGUGUGUGAACGGGUCGGAGGUGAAGCUGGAGGGGGUUCACACCAUGGCUGCCCAGAAUGGAGGCUCCCCAGUCCUCACCUUCAGCUCACCGUCAGGAGCCCUGCAGCUCGGCAGCUACAAUCUGGUCCAGGUACCGAGUGGAGUACCGGACCACGAUGGCAGCUCGUUGCUUAACAGUGAUGUAGGUCUUCCUCCUCUACAGCUACCAUCUGCUUCAUCUUCCUCAACAAUUACACAACAAGGCAACAUGUCCCUGAACAGCACAGUGGUGAGCUCCUCCAGUGAAGACUCAUUCCAGCCACAGGACAAGCUCAACAUGGCGUCUCUGCACCACAGCACCGUCCUCUACAGCAUGAGCAACACUGGCCAGCCAGCCAUCAAGAAGGAGCCUCUGGAUGGGAGGAUUUACUCCUCCUACCACUCCGGGCUCCACCUGGACCCCAGCGAUCAGAUCAGCUACACUGCAACCGACUCUGGGCAGAUCUCCUCAAGCCACAGCACCACCUCCGCCACCGAUGCCACCGCUGUCAGCUCGUCCAGCUCUGAGCCGGAGGUCUACACCACCCUCACCGUUAGCACGCCGCUGAUGGCUCAGACGGACCCGGACACCCACCAUCACCUCCAGCCGGCGGAGUACCUCGGCACCCACGAGGUGCACCGAAGGGCCCCUUCCUCACACCUGAUGGGCCCUGGGAUGAAUAGUGACUACAUGAACCUUUCAGAGAGCAAGGCGGACGGCUCGGGGCCCGGGGCGAUGAAUGAGUUGGUGCGGGUAAUGUGUGGGGAGCUGGAGGCUGCAGAGGGAAAGGAGCUAGCCAAACUACAGACUGUGCAGAUGGACGAGGACAUGUCCGACCUUUAACCUCAAACUUCAACAAUCUUUUUACUCUUCUGUGUGUGUGUGUGUGUGUGUGUGUGUGUGUGUCUGUGUGUGUGUUUGUGUGCGUGUGGUUGUGACUUUUUAAGCAUUAAUUUCCUUUAAAUUAUUUGCUUUUAUUUGACUUUUAAGAUGCACUCUAGUCAGAAAGGAGCCAUGUAGAUGGGCUUUUUCAGCUUAUUAUAAAAAAUGUAAUAAUAAAAGAGGCUGUGAUGUGUCUAAAAAAGCCCCCCAUUUGUGAGAAGAAGCAUUGAAACUGCUCUAAGUGAUGAAAAGUAGUCGCUGCAUGAGUUUGAGCCUCGUUUAAAUGAGCAUUUUUAUAGACAGCACCUGCUACUUCCUGUUGAGUGGAUGUGAUCUGCAGAAGCAGGUGCUGGAAUGCCUAGGGUCAUGUGACCGGGAUGUUCCUCCAAACCAAAUGCGUCAUGUGGGUUGAACCAAAAAGGUCACUGUGGAGGGGGAAGAGAAGUUGAACAGCUUUACUGAAGGACUGUAAGCGGCCGGUUAAUAAACACAGAAAAGUUGCUGUUUUAGGAAGAAAAGCGUCCUUCAGGAAGCACUUUAAUUUCUCUGAAAGCUUCUCAAGCCAAAGCAAAGUGCUGCUGUUGUGCUUUAUAACACAUUAUAAACUAUGAUUGUGGAAGAGUGAAGACAAAUUUGCCUUUCUGCGGCUAAAAAUACCCAACAUCAUGGUUCGUUCUGUUUUGGCAUUUGCACUACCACCAUGACAUUACAAUGUUUGGAACAACCACUGUGCUGGAUGGUUUGUCAUGCGUGACACGUCCAGUAGAAAUGCUCACUAUUGCAGCCCUGGCUCCUGUUUCCAGUUCCAUUAUCAACUCAUGACACAGACACAUAAAUUAUGACGUUCUUCGUUCUGAGCUGUUUAUAUAACUGCAGCUCGUAGUAUCAGGGUUCCUACGAAGUCUAAAACAGUCUGGAAAGGUUUGGAAUUUGAUAUUUGUGUUUUCCAGGUCUCCAUAAGUUUGGGAAAAGAAAAUCAGAGUUUGGAACAUAUUUCUAAUUUCUGUCUUUUUCCCUAUCCUAUUGUCUAAAUGUAGUAUCCUUCCUUCUUUGUGUCUUUUCUCCCUUGUGUCUUUUCCUUCCUUCCAUCCUUCCUUCCUUUCUCAAUUCAAUCUUCUGCAUUCCUUGUUUAUUUCCUUCCAUUCCAUACUGUUUUCCAUGCUUUCCUUCCUUAUGUCUUUGCUUCAUGUGUUAGUGAUUUCUUCCUUUCUGCUCUUCCUUGCCUUCAUUUUUUUAUUCUUUGUGCCCUUUGUUCCUUUCUGUACUUCAUUGUCGCCAACCUUACAUCCUUCUUUCAGUCCUUCUACACUUCCUUGCGUCCUUCUUUGGUAUUUUUCCCUUUUUUCCUUUCACAUGUCCUUACUUUCUUUACUUUCUUGUGUCCUUUUCUUCCUUAUUUCCUUCCUUGUGUCCUACUUCACUUCCUCGUUUGUGUCCAUUCUUUACUCUAUUGCAUCCUUCAUCGGUGUCUUCUGUGUUUUCCUUUUUUCCUUGUGUCUGUCCUUCUGUACUUCAUUGUGCCCUUCCUUUCUCUCCUUCUUUUUUCCCAUUGUGUCCUUUGUCCCUUUCUUCCUGUUUCUGAUUUGUCCAGUUUUCAUAAAGAUCACUGUAGAAAAUAAUUUCAUAGUAAUCUUUUGUGUUUUAUAUUUUAAAAUGAAAAUAAAAAACUGAGAACUCUGCAAGGAUGAGCCUGGAAAACUCUUAAAUGUCUGGGGAUUUAAAACUGUGUAGGAACCCAAUAGGUUAACUAGCUUUUCUAUACCGCCAGACUGAAACAGCUCCAGGUGGACAAAGGGAUUUUCUGUUGCUCCAAACUUAAUACAUAGAUAUUGUAAUAAUUUGUUUUUGCACAGCAUCAAACCAUUUCAAUAAUAUGAGUGCCUUUUACAUUUGUUGUGGGGAUUCAGUCAAAGUGGGAGCAUCGGGGGUCAGGAAGCAGCUUCAAAGGUCUGCAGCUUCUGCCUGAAAGUUGGUUUGGCUUUAGACAGAAGGAGGUCAUUUGUCCAGGGUUUCUUAACAGUUUUCCAAACGACCUGAGGUUCUUACAGUCAUAAGUGAGCACAUUUGAACCCUAGAGCCAACUUAUCACAUGUUUUCAUGCCAGAGAUGCUUCCUAUCUUCAGGAUGUCUGAGUGGACCUUUCAGUGAAAGUAUCCUCAGUGCUUUAAAGGUGUAAACCAAACAUUAUGAGCAAAAAGUCUUUUUUUGUUUUUUUUUAUCUUAGUUUGAAUUAUAUGUUUGUUAUCUGAAAUUAUGUGAAUGUAUUUUUCUAAAUCUACGUACUGCAAUAAAAGUUUAUAUUUAUAAAAACAUAAAA